ACAACUGCGAUUGCGCAUAAUAAACAAGUUAUAUACGUAAAAUUAACAAUUUUCAAGCUUAGUUGCGUCUUAAGUUCAGCGCGUGUUGUCAUCGCGAAUGUUCAGCUUCGGAUCUUAUAUUUAACAUUCUGUGCCAUUUAAUUAUUUCAUAAUCAUUUAAAAAGUAGAUCGAACAUCUGAUUAUCACCAAAAGUAUUAAGAAUUAAAAAAGCAAAUAUGAAAUAACAGACAACAGAAUACAAAUAAAAAUAUUCGAAGUAAUCGUGAUUUCCCUCCCGUUUCAAAAUCAAAUUUAAGAAAGAAAAUUUAUGAAAACAAAAAUGCGGAUGUUGCCGGUGAUAUUUGUUUGGCUGUUCUGGCUAUCGAUUUGCGCUGCAUAUCGCUUUCUCGGGGUGUUUCCCAUUGCAUUCAAGAGUCAUUUCGUUAUACUAGAGAGUGUGAUGAAAGGUUUAAUCAGUAAAGGACACCAGGUCGACAUAAUCAGUCCGUUCCCACAGAAGACACCCUAUCCAAACUAUACCGAUAUUGCAAACUUGACAGCGCCUCUAUCAUUUGUAAACAAUUUCACGUAUGAGCAUAUGACACAAAUAGUAGCGGACAAUAAUCCGGCGAUUCUGAUCGGACUAAUAAAUGGUAAUGAUAUUUGUGAAGCCCAUCUGGGGAAUCCAGUAAUACAAAACCUCGUUCGCAACCCGCCGAAAGAUCCACCCUACGAUGCAAUGAUUAUAGAGGUAUUCGGGGCACACUGCUUUGCGGCUAUCGCCGAAUUAUUAAAUAUACCUCUGAUCGGGCUCAGCACGACGCCACUGCUUCCAUGGCAUAAUGAAUUAAUCGCUCAACCAGAGAACCUAGCUUUCGUAUCAAACCUCUUUGCAAACAAGGAAUCUCCCACAAAUUUAUGGCAACGUACGUACAACACUCUUUACAAUCUCUACUGCAAGUUGUACUUCACUUAUCUCACGAGACCGCAAGACGAGUUAGUAAGGAAGUACUUUGGACCGAAUCUUCCAAGCAUACAGAAGAUGAAUCUGGCAUUGGUCCUCAUCAACUCUCACAUCGUUCUGAAUGGCAUCCAGCCAAUGACACCUGCCGCCGUUCAAAUAGCCGGGAUUCAUAUUCGAGAUGAUGAGUCACCGUUGCCACAGGAAUUGAAGAAAUGGAUGGACGACAGCAAAGAUGGUUUUGUAUACUUCACGUUCGGCUCGAUGGUGCUGAUUGAAACGUUUCCCCGCAAAAUCCUCGAUGUGUUUUAUGCCUCCUUAGGCAAGAUAGCACCUGUGCGGGUUUUAAUGAAGGUACCGAACCCGGAAAAAUUGCCGGCUGGCUUACCCGAAAAUAUUCGCACGUUCCGUUGGAUGCCGCAAGUUAAAGUAUUAAAACAUCCAAAUAUAAGAGCCUUCGUGACUCAUGGCGGACUCAUGAGCACCCUGGAAGCGGUCUUCCUCGGUGUUCCCAUGAUUGGCAUACCAUUGUACAGCGAUCAGUUUAAAAAUAUGGAGACGUAUGUUACAAGGAACAUCGCGAUGAAACUGGAUAUCCAUAAGAUUUCUGAAGAAGACAUGAGCGCAGCUUUGAACGCGAUCUUGCACGACCCCCGAUACAUGGAAAACAUUAGAAAUCUAUCGCAGAGACUCCUCGAUCAGCCGUUGAAUCCUGUUGACACUGCGAAUUACUGGAUCGAAUACGUUAUUAAAUACGGCGACGAUGUCUUGCGAUCGCCCGCUAUGGCUUUGGCCUGGUGGCAAAUAUGCCUCAUCGAUGUGGCCGCGUGUCUUUUGCUUUGCGCGGCAGCUAUUAUUACUUUUGCGAUGUUCAUCAUGCGUUUUGUGGUGAAAAUGAUAAAUGAAAAGCAUCACUUAUUGUUAUAUUUGAAGAAGAUUGGUUCAAUCGAACCAAUUCGAGGGAAAUUUUGAAAAAUGUGGACGACACGUAAUGGAGUCGUCAGAGAUAAUUAUUGUGCAGGUGAAGAAUUUCAUUUUGAUCUCUCUGUACUUGUUACGCCACGCAGUAAUUUAAAAAUAUGCUGAAUAAUUUAGUUUAAAAACAUCAUUAUACAGAUACAUAGCCUUCUUAUAGAUACGAAUGAAGAAAGCUAUUUCGGCACAUUAAAUGCAGUGAUCUCUUUAGAAAGAGAGAGAGGAAGAAAGGGAAUAAUAGUGUUUUCUAACAAGUAUAUAUUAAACGUAACAUAGCUUGACAAGUUGUCUGGUAUAAGUUUACAUAAUCUUACGCGCUGAAGCGCACAUUCUUUAUAUGCAAUGUUCCCAUUAUGUACAGAUGUAUGUAUAAUUUUAGCAUUACAUCAGGUAAAUAAAUAUAUUUGCGUCUA